AUGGACACCAUCCUGUGUACUUGUAGUAUAAAAUCAAGGUUACUCAUCCCCUCCUUGCAGAUGUUUGUCUCAGAGUCCUGCUCGUGGCAUGUGUACGAUGAGGACAUGGCCCGCAUUACCAACUUUGAUUCUCCCUUUGCUCUGCCUGCUGAACUCCAGUUCUCUUUCACAAAGGAAAUUGAGAUUUUCUACACAGGAGGAAAGCACAUAUGUUCUUCUGACUUGGCAUCAUUUGCAGAAUAUGUUAGAAAGAACUGGGAUAAGGACGAGUUCUUUGGCUACCAGUUCCUGAAUGGCCUAAACCCCAUGAUGAUCCAGCGCUGCUCAAAGCUGCCCAAGAACUUCCCCGUCACAGAGGAGGUGGUCAAAGGUCUUCUUGGAAAAAGCACUUUAGAGGCGGAAAUAAAAAAAGGAAACAUAUUCCUGUGCGACUACAAGAUGCUGGAUGGAGUCAGAGGAAAUGUGGUGAACGGUGAACAGCAGUUUCUCACCGCUCCUCUGGUGCUGCUUCACCUCGACCAUCAUGGCCUGAUGCUGCCCAUCGCCAUACAGUUAGGGCAAACACCUGGACCUGAGAACCCCAUCUUCCUGCCUACCGACUCCAAGCAUGACUGGCUGCUGGCUAAGAUCUGUGUACGGGCCGCGGAGUACUGCGUGCAAGAGGUCGACUUCCACCUGCUGAGAACUCACGUGCUGGCUGAGGUGUUCACCUUGGCAACGUUGCGGUGCCUCCCCUCCAUACACCCCCUUUACAAGCUCCUCAUUCCCCAUACUCGUUACACACUCCACAUCAAUAUCAUGGCACGAAAUCUGCUGAUUACCGAGGAGGGAGUCUUUGUGAGGUUGCUGAGGCGUGGAACCUCCUCCCUGACCUACAGCUCCCUCUGUCUGCCUGAGAACAUCUCUGAGAGAGGCCUGGAGGACGUCCCCAACUACUACUACAGAGAUGAUGGCAUACAACUGUGGAACAUCAUCUACAGGUAUGUAACAGGAGUCUUGCAACAUUACUACACAUCUGAUGAGCAUGUGCAGAAGGACACAGAACUGCAGAGCUGGAUCAGAGAGAUUUUCACCAAUGGAUUCCUGGGAAGGAGCAACACAGGAAUACCUGAGUCUUUUCAGAGAAUGGAAGAUCUCCUCAAGUUUGUUACCAUGGUGAUCUUUACUGUAUCAGCCCAGCAUGCUGCUCUCAACAAUGGACAGUUUGACUUUGGUGGCUGGAUGCCCAACUACCCCACUGCUCUCAGAAAGCCCCCUCCCAAAGAGAAAGGCCAAACCACGAUGGACACUAUCCUGGAAACCUUACCUAAUGUGAGCACAACAGUAAAUAGCAUGGCUAUCCUGAAAGUGCUCAGCAUAAAUUCAACAGACCAUUACCCUCUUGGAUGUUUUCCAGAAGAACUGUUUGACGAGGAAGUUCCUUGCCGUUGCAUCAAAGAUUUUCAGGAGUGGCUAAAGUUGUUGUCUGGUCGAAUUGAGGAGCGCAACAAGACGCUGAAGCAUCCCUACACCUAUCUAAACCCCAAAAAUGUGGACAACAGUGUGACACUUUGA